ACUGUAGGUUACUAUGGAGACGGUUUGAAUGCCAUAAUUGUGUUCGCUGUGUGCUAUAUGCCUGAAAGCAGUCAACCAAAUUACAGAUACAUCAUGGACAAUUUAUUCAAGUAUGUCAUCGGCACACUUGAACUUUUGGUUGCUGAGAACUAUAUGAUUGUGUAUUUGAACGGGGCCACCUCAAGGAAAAAGAUGCCAACUGUCGGCUGGCUCAGAAAGUGUUAUCAGCAGAUUGACAGGAGGCUAAGGAAGAACUUGAAGUCUUUGAUAAUCGUUCAUCCCUCCUGGUUUAUUCGCACGCUGCUGUCACUCACAAAACCUUUCAUAAGCACCAAAUUUAGUCAGAAACUUCAGUAUGUGUUCAGCUUGACAGACCUUGCAGAACUGGUUCCAAUGGAGUAUGUGUCCAUACCAGAUUGUAUCAAAGAAAUCGACCAGGAUGCGCACGGCAAAGUGGAGAUCGCAGCGGCUGCUGUUCCAGAGUGACCCUGCUAGCCCGCACGAUGUGGAGGAGGAAAACGACGGAGAAUGUUUCAAACAGCCACUCGUAUGUUUAUGUUCUGGGCAACGUGACUGAAGACUUGUUUGCAUCAUGAAGUGCCUUUUUGAAACUGUGCUGCCUGUUACAUCGUGGGACUUUUCACAGCUUGAUCUUCAGCGUUCUUCCACUUGCUGUCUGAAAUGUUUUUAAUCUUAUUUUUAUUUACUGCCAAUAUAUCAUGUCCAACUUAGCUUAUUGGUGUCCCCUAGUUACUGGUGUAUCUACACGUUAUGUAAGGCACUCUGUUACAAAUGAUUGAUGCAUGUUCUGCUUUAUUACAUUUAAAUAUAUAUUUAUAUUCAAAAGGUGACAAAGGAGAGAAAUUAAUAUAUUUUUAUGGUUGCUCUGAUUUUAAACUGCAUUUUAGGUCUCUGACCCGUUGAGUGGCAUUUCAUUGAACACGUGUUGACAGCACCUUUUUCACUUUUCACUGCUGACGUUCUCUAUCAAAAUCCUGCCUGGGGGAAAAUAAAGUUUUAUUUUUUUCCCUUCACUCA